GGCGGGCGCUCGCAGGCUACCUCGUCGCUCGCUGGCGCGCGCUGCCUCUCACCGCCUGUGGGGAAGUCGGGGCCGCCCGAGCGGCUCCCGCCACCGUCUAGCCCCGACCUCCUCCCCCGUCCCUUCCCGACUCCGUCUCUCCCGCUCGCGCUCCCCGGAGUAGUGAGUGGUCCCGCGUAGGGUCCGGAGAGUCACUGCGGCGGCCCGGGUGGUGUUUAAACCAUGUUUAGGAGGAUUUUGCAGAGGACUCCUGGGAGAGUUGGCUCUCAAGGUUCUGAUUUAGAUUCAUCAGCAGCUCCUAUAAACACAGUGGAUGUCAAUAAUGAAAGCUCUUCAGAGGGUUUCAUAUGUCCCCAGUGUAUGAAAUCCCUGGGAUCUGCUGAUGAACUUUUCAAACACUAUGAGGUAGUUCAUGAUGCUGGUAAUGACUCAGGUCAUGGAGGAGAGGCUCUUGCUCUGAAGCGAGAUGAUAUAACACUACUUAGACAAGAGGUCCAAGACCUUCAGGCUUCACUUAAGGAAGAAAAAUGGUACUCAGAAGAAUUAAAGAAAGAAUUAGAAAAAUUUCAAGGGCUGCAGCAGCAAGAGUCUAAACCUGAUGGAUUGGUGGCUGACUCAUCAGCAGAACUACAGUCUUUGGAACAACAAUUAGAAGAGGCCCAAACAGAAAAUUUUAAUAUUAAGCAAAUGAAAGACUUAUUUGAACAGAAAGCAGCCCAACUUGCCACUGAAAUUGCAGAUAUAAAGUCAAAAUAUGAUGAAGAAAGGAGUCUUCGAGAAGCUGCUGAACAAAAAGUAACACAUCUGACAGAAGAAUUAAACAAAGAAACAACUAUAAUUCAAGAUCUGAAGACUGAACUGCUUCAGAGACCUGGUAUAGAAGAUGUUGCUGUGCUAAAGAAAGAACUGGUGCAAGUUCAAACACUAAUGGAUAACAUGACCUUGGAACGUGAGAAAGAAUCUGAAAAACUCAAAGAUGAGUGCAAAAAGUUACAGACAGAAUAUGCUAACUCAGAGGCCACAAUAAGCCAGCUAAGGAGUGAGCUUGCAAAAGGCCCCCAGGAAGUUGCUGUAUAUGUGCAGGAACUACAAAAACUUAAAAGUUCACUUAAUGAAUUAACACAAAAAAAUCAGAACUUGUCUGAAAAGUUACUGAAGAAAGAACUGGAGUUUACUCAGUUAGAGGAGAAACAUAAUGAAGAAUGUGUGAGUAAAAAGAAUAUACAAGCAAGCCUUCAUCAAAAAGACUUAGAUUGUCAACAGCUGCAGUCAAGAUUAUCUGCAUCUGAAAGCUCCCUGCAGAGAAUACAGGCAGAACUAGGUGAAAAGGGAGAAGCUACACAAAAGCUCAAAGAAGAAUUAUCAGAAGUGGAGACCAAGUACCAGCAUCUUAAGGCUGAGUUUAAACAGCUGCAACAGCAGAGAGAGGAAAAAGACCAGCACGGGUUACAACUCCAAAGUGAAGUUAAUCAAUUACAUAGCAAACUUCUGGAGACAGAGCGCCAACUAGGUGAAGCUCAUGGUAGGCUAAAGGAACAGAGACAACUUUCAAGUGAAAAGUUGAUGGAUAAAGAACAACAAGUGGCUGAUCUACAGCUCAAACUUUCUCGUUUAGAAGAACAGUUGAAGGAAAAAGUAACAAAUUCUACAGAAUUGCAGCAUCAGUUAGAUAAAACAAAGCAACAACAUCAAGAACAACAAGCUCUUCAGCAAAGCACUACAGCAAAACUUCGGGAAGCUCAGAAUGAUUUAGAACAAGUACUACGUCAAAUUGGUGAUAAGGACCAGAAGAUCCAGAACCUUGAAGCCUUAUUACAGAAGAGUAAAGAAAAUAUUUCCUUACUAGAAAAAGAAAGAGAAGAUCUUUAUGCAAAAAUUCAGGCUGGUGAAGGAGAGACUGCUGUUCUUAACCAGUUACAAGAAAAAAACCAUACCUUACAGGAGCAAGUAACUCAACUAACAGAGAAGCUGAAGAAUCAGUCAGAAAGCCAUAAACAAGCCCAGGAGAAUUUGCAUGACCAAGUGCAAGAGCAGAAGGCACAUCUUAGAGCUGCACAAGACCGUGUUCUUUCCUUAGAAACUAGUGUCAAUGAAUUGACUAGUCAAUUAAAUGAGAGCAAGGAGAAGGUCUCCCAGCUUGACAUACAGAUUAAAGCCAAAACUGAAUUACUGCUAUCGGCAGAAGCAGCAAAAACUGCUCAGAGAGCAGAUCUUCAGAAUCAUUUGGACACAGCCCAAAAUGCAUUACAAGAUAAACAGCAGGAGUUAAAUAAGAUCACUACUCAGUUGGAUCAGGUCACUACAAAGUUGCAGGAUAAGCAAGAACAUUGCAGUCAGCUGGAAAGUCAUCUUAAAGAAUAUAAAGAGAAGCACCUCUCUUUAGAACAAAAAACUGAAGAAUUAGAAGGUCAGAUUAAGAAACUAGAAGCCGAUACUCUUGAAGUUAAAGGAAGCAAGGAACAAGCUUUGCAGGAUCUACAACUGCAAAGACAGCUGAAUACAGAUUUAGAGCUCAGAGCCGCAGAAUUGAGUAAACAGCUUGAAAUGGAGAAAGAAAUAGUAUCCAGUACAAAGUUGGAUCUACAGAAAAAAUCUGAAGCCCUUGAAAAUAUUAAGCAAAUGCUUACCAAGCAAGAGGAAGAAAAAAAAAUCCUUAAACAAGAAAUUGAAAAUUUAAGUCAAGAUGCAAAGAUGCAGCACAAGGAAUUGAAUAACAAAAUUCAAACAGCAGCAGCAGAACUACAAAAAGUGAAGAUGGAGAAAGAAACUCUAAUGACAGAGCUUUCUACAACAAAAGAGAAUUUAUCAAAAGUUUCUGAUUCUUUGAAGAACUCCAAAAGUGAAUUUGAAAAGGAAAAUCAGAAAGGAAAAGCUGCUAUAUUAGAUUUGGAAAAAACUUGCAAAGAAUUAAAGCAUCAGCUUCAAGUACAGAUGGAGAACACACUUAAGGAACAGAAUGAACUGAAAAAGUCACUUGAAAAAGAGAAGCAGACUUCUCAUCAGUUGAAGGUGGAACUCAAUUCAGUUCAGGGACAAGUUGUACAGGCCCAGAAUACUUUAAAACAAAAGGAAAAAGAAGAACAGCAACUUCAGGGGAACAUAAAUGAGCUAAAGCAAUUGACUGAACAGAAGAAAAAGCAAAUUGAAGCACUCCAAGGAGAAGUUAAAAUUGCUAUUUCACAGAAGACAGAGCUGGAGAGUAAACUACAGCAGCAGUCAAUACAAGCAGCCCAGGAACUUGCAGCAGAGAAAGAGAAAGUGUCAGUGCUACAGAAUACCUGUGAAAAAAGUCAGGAAAAUCUAAAACAGCUUCAGUCUGAUUUCUAUGGGAAGGAAUCUGAGCUUCUUGCCACCAGGCAAGAUCUUAAGUCUGUAGAAGAGAAGCUUUCUCUAGCACAGGAGGACUUGAUUUCAAACAGAAAUCAAAUUGGAAACCAAAAUAAAUUGAUUCAAGAAUUGAAAACUGCCAAGGCUACGUUGGAGCAGGAGUCCGCAAAGAAAGAACAGCAGUUGAAGGAGCAGUGUAAAACACUACAGGAUAUUCAAAAAGAGAAGUCACUGAAAGAGAAAGAACUAGUAAAUGAAAAAUCUAAAUUGGCAGAGAUAGAGGAAAUUAAGUGUAGACAGGAAAAAGAAAUUGCUAAAUUGAGUGAAGAACUCAAGUUCCACAAGCAAGAAAGCAUAAAG